UGUUUUUUUCUCCAUGCAUAUUGUUAGAAUUUGGUGAUGUGUUUAUUUUGGCGCAGGCAACAGCGGUCUUUGCGCCGUCAUCACUUUAUGCAGCUCCUACAACUAGGCCGAAGCGUCUUUUUCAAAAGAACAUGAUUGAGUGCGUCGACACAAAUGAAAGCGACUUCUCUUGUGACGAGAGUAGUGGAGACGAAGCCAGCAUUGAUGUUGAAGACAGCACCAGUGAAGAAGACGAGGACGUCAAUGAGCUUGAUGGGGACCAAAUCACAGAAAGGACUGACGUUAGGCAAAGUGAUCUGAAAUCCAGGUACGCUAACAAGCGUUACACCUGGCGGAAGGCUGCGUUUGACCACCAGCCGACCGUUUACCAGGACGAGUUUCCACUGCCCCCAGCUGAGCCUCCAACAGCCAAGCAGUAUUUUGAUAUGUUCGUUUUUCGGAGCAUGAUGAAGGAAGUCGUGGAAGAGACCAACAAGUACUACUUGCAGAAAAAUGGGACUUCCCUAAAUCUGACAGUUGAAGAGUUAGCAUCCAUCUUGGGAAUGUUUUUCAGAAUGGGCCUCGUCGAUAUGCACCGAGUUUGUGCAUACUGGGAAACAAGCAGUCGAUAUGAACUUGUUGCUCAAGUUAUGUCACGCAACAGGUUUGAGAAGAUUACAAGUCAUCUGCACUUCACCGACAAUGAUGCAGCAACUGACCAGAUGAAAGAGGACAAGUGCUGGAAAGUGCGCCCAUGGCUGUCCUCCCUAAGAGACAAUAUGGUACGUGUCCCACAAGAGAAGAAGUCAUCGGUGGACGAGAUCCUGAUCCCCUUCCGCGGGCGAUCUCACAUCCGACAGUAUCUGCCUAACAAGCCGAAAAGCAAGUGGGGUCUGAAGCUUUGGGCGCAUGCGGGUGAAUCAGGCCUUUGCUACGACUUCGAUGUCUACCAAGGAUGCUCCAGAGGCAUGUAUGGCUACCAGGAAAGCUACCAGCUGGGAUUGGGAGCUGGUAUUGUGCUGCAGCUCUGUACAAGCCUUCCGGAUAGAAAGGAUAACCUAAUUGUGGCAGACAACUAUUUCACUGGUCCUCACCUUGUGCCAGAGCUCACCAGCAGAGGAAUAGCGUACAUUGGUACAGUCCGUGAGAACAGGCUAAGUCCUGUAAGCUAA